GGAGUUGGCUUAUAAGGAUCAAGAGCAUCACAAGACUCAACAAAUGCUUCUUCCCUGAAAAUGGAGGAGCUCAAGAAACAGAGUUUGAGACUGAUUUACCUGCUGAUUUCCUUGUCCAUUCUCUGUCAUUCUGAGGCAAGAAGAAGUUCGCGAGGAUCAGGAUCGAAGAAGAUUAAAGCAUUGACACAUUUGAGCAGUUACAGAUACAGCUACAAUUACUACUCACCAGAUUCAUUGCCACCAUAUGACGAAGUGAUGGGACCAUCUUCAUCGCCGGAGACCAACCUGCCUUACUGUUUUAAUCCACCAAUCAGUCCAAUGCCACCACCUUCGACCUUUGCAACUCCACCGCCACCUGAACUGAUCUAUGGCGCACCUCCAGGCAUUGUGCCAAAUCCACCAUUGUAUCCACCAAUCCCUCCUAUCACUGUACCGAGUCCGCCAGAGUAUGUGCCAAACCCUCCGGUUAUUAUACCGAAUCCACCAGAAAUCAUACCAAAUCCUCCUGUCAUCUUUCCAAAUCCGCCCGGGUAUGUGCCAAACCCUCCUGAGAUCAUUCCAAAUCCACCUGGGUAUGUGCCAAUCCCUCCAGUGACACUGCCAAGUCCACCGGAGUACAUACCAACCCCUCCAGAGACAGUACCAAGUCCACCGGAGUAUGUCCCAACCCCUCCGGAGACAGUGCCAAGUCCACCAGAGUUUACCCCAACCCCUCCAGUGACAGAGCCAAGUCCACCGGAGUAUAUACCUCCAGUGACAGUGCCAAGUCCACCGGAGUAUAUACCAACCCCUCCCAUCACCACCCCAAGUCCCCCAGCAUACAUACCAAACCCCCCGGUGACAGUACCAAGCCCUCCCGAGUAUGUACCUGGACCACCAUUCUAUUUACCUCCAGUUGUUUAUCCACCACCAACAGUACCCCCACCGCCCACCCGUGGAACAGGGCCACCAUUGUGGUGUGUCGCAAGACCAACGGUGCCAGAUCCGAUACUGCUAGAAGCCAUGAAUUAUGCUUGUGGCUCAGGAGCAGAUUGCGAUGCCAUACAACCUAGUGGGGCUUGCUUUGAGCCUGAUACAUUGAUCUCGCAUGCCUCUUAUGCCUUCAAUAGCUUCUGGCAAAGGACUAAGGGUGCCGGAAGUAGUUGUGACUUUGGUGGCACUGCAAUGCUCAUCACAAAAAAUCCAAGUUUCGAUGGCUGUCAUUUCGUUCUCAACUGAAACACUUGUUAAGAAAUGGUCAGCUGUCAACUACAUACCAUAACAGGGCCAAUAGAAUGCCCGUUUUGUUUUUUUUUUCUCUUAUUUUUCAAGAUACCUGCUGCUAGAUAAACUAGAAUUUUGAUUUGAUUGUUAAAAUGUAGUGUCUAAAGGAAAGUAAACUUUCAUGUUUGAUAUUAAUUAUUAUGUAUUGCCCUGGCAUUA